GUCAGUAAAUGCAACUAUAUUCACAUGGGUUUUGGUUUGACGUUUUGUAAAUGAAUAGGUUAUAAUAAUAUCAAAUAAUUAAAACAAAACAAAUGUAAAAAUGGUUAUUUACGGUAUUUAUAUUGUAUCAAAGUCUGGAGGUUUAAUUUUUAAUUAUGAUAAUGUUGUCCCAAAAAUCGAAUCCGAAAGAAAGUUUACUUACCCCUUAGAUAUCAAAUUACGUUCUGAAAACAAAAAAAUUAUAGUCGAAUUUGGUCAAAAAGAUGGAAUUCAAGUUGGUCAUGUAUUAAAUUCAGUGAAUGGUAUACCAGUUACUGGACUACAAAUGGAUAAUGGUGUUAAUGCUUUAGAAUUCAUUGAGAAGGAAGAAAACUAUCCUGUUACUCUACAAUUCGCUAGACCUAAAAUGACAACCAAUGAAAAAAUAUUUUUAGCAAGUAUGUUUUAUCCUCUGUUUGCAAUAGCGAGUCAACUUAGUCCAGAACAAAAGUCUUCUGGUAUUGAAGUUCUUGAAGCUGAUACAUUCCGAUUAAACUGUUUUCAAACCCUAACUGGUGUUAAAUUAAUGAUAAUCUCAGAUAGAACCCAGACUGGAGUUGAUGUUUUACUUAGACGAAUAUAUGAGUUAUAUGCAGAUUAUGCUCUAAAAAAUCCCUUCUACUCUUUAGAGAUGCCCAUAAGAUGUGAACUAUUUGAUGUUAACUUAAAAAGUUUAUUAGAACAAAUAGAAAAAGGUGUAAAUAAUAUAUAAAUAAAUAAAAACAUUGCUUUUUUAUUUGUAUUACAAGUAUAGACAACUCUCUUGAAACAAUGUUCUCAACUUAAACUUCAUCAUCUGUAAAGACAAAUACUUUUAUUUAUUAUAAUAAAUAUAACAUAUAUACCCUGUAUUAAUAUAGUAUUCCAAUUUCUCAAUUGUGUUAUGUUUGAUCUCAAGGUAAACUCAGAUCAAU